CCAGACACCAUGACUGACGCUUCCCGGCGUCCAAUGGGCUUGCUUUGAAAGCUGAGCGGGUCGUUCCCCGUUCGUUCGUUCCCCGCCCCCAACUCUUCUCUGGCCAAUGAGCGCGGCGGGUUUGGUUACUAAGAGGAAGUUGAGCGGAAGUGGUUCGGUUGCUAAGGGCAUCUUAGUCCUGGUUGGAGAGAAUCGUGUUGCCGGCAAUGAGCGCCGCGUUUGAAAUGCCAGAGGCAGGCGACAAGAAUCGGUCCCAAAGGAAGCGAUGGGAGAAGGUGUUUGAGGCAUGUGAUGAAGAUAAGAAAGGAUAUUUAAGCAGAGAGGACUACAAGGUUGCUGUCGUGAUGCUUUUUGGCUAUAAGCCUUCCAAGAUGGAAGUGAAUUCAGCCAUGGCCUCCGUGAAGCAAAAUCAGUCAGGUAUCUCACUUGAAGAAUUUCUCAAACUUAUGAGUAGAAAGAAGUCUGACCAUUUUUACCAUAAUGAAGUAAGGCAGCUAUUUACUGCUUUUGACAGACAAUGUAAAGGAUUCUUGUCUUUGGAAGACUUGAGAAAAGCCUUUAAUAUUGUUGCACCAAAGUUGCCAGAGAGGACCAUUGUUGAAGUAUUCAGGGAAGUCGAUCAGGAUUCUGAUGGCCAUAUUAGCUACAAAGACUUUGAAUUAGCAAUGAACUAUGGACAAGAAAAUGUUUCAGCACUUCCUUUCAUUUAAGUAUAUUUUCCCAUGAAAAUAUCAAAAUAUGUUCUCUUCAAAAUUUUCUAAGUUUGCACAGCAUAUUCCUAAAGAAUUUUUUAAAAUUAAUUUACAUGUGAUACUAUAAAAAGACCCUGUUUAUUGAAAUUGCCAUGGAACGUACAGUGUUUUCUUGUAUACAUAUUGUUUCCCCCCCCCAAUAUAGUCUGGUUUUCUAUUUCUUUUGUGUCUUCAUGGUUUUCCUUUCUCUGACAGUGUGGUCAGAAAAUGCCUUACUCAUCCCAUAUGAAAGUGAGGAAAAGAAAAAAUGUUAAUAAUAACAUUUUAAGAAUCUGAUUACAUGUAACUGGAGAAUGGAGUCUUCCAAUAUUCUGUAAGCAAUUUGUUAAUUGUAUUCAUUUAUACCAUGUUUUACAAGUAACUUUCACACCAUCUUAGUGGAAGAUUAUAAUAUGGGUCAAUAUUGGUAGCAUUGUUUAGCAAAUAUAUUUGUGUGCCAUCUUUAAUCAUAUAGAAUAUUUAAAGCUGCAAACUUUUGUACACUUACAAGAGAAUGCGAUCCAUUGAAAUCAGGAGAUCUGCUAGUCUUGGUUUUGUUGUGCUUUCAUUGCUGAUCUCACUGUGAUAGAAUUCCAACUAAAGGAAGGCAAAGGGGCUUAGCUAACAGUUUGAAUGUUGGGAUGGCAAAGCAAUGUAAGUAUCCAGUAAUACCAGUGUGAGGAAAGAAUAGUCCUAAACAUAUUGUUGGACUUCAACUCCUAUUGUCCCUUACCAUUAGCUGACAGGGAUAGUAAGACAAAAAAAAUUCAGCAGGUUCAAAGUCAGAUGAGACUAUGCACAACUCUGUAUGGAGCUCUGCUUAUGCAAGCAGGCUCACAUGUUGCUUUAUUAUCAAGAACAUCUCAGUCUGAGAUCUAAAGAGAUUUUCAGCCUGUGUAUUAUGGCCUUUCCAGAAAUGCCUUAAUCCCAGGAGGAACUGGGAUAUUUUUUCCCAGUUUCUCCCAGGGUAAAGGCCCCACGUGACCAUUAAACCCCGGGUUUUUCCCUGGAGGGGGUGGCUAUAUGUUCUCCUGGAUCAGCCAGAGGUUGACCCAGGAGAGCAUCCAGCGAGCCCCCUAUUUAGCCUCAAAACUUAAAAAAAAACUCAGACAAAACCUCCUGGGCAUCAAAAUAAUGUAUCAGGAGGGGUAGGGAGGAGGGAUCCCUCAUGUACGUUUUGGGGCUAAAUGGGGAGCUGUGAGGAGAGGGUGGGCCUUUCAGUAAGGUCCAGAUCUCUUGAGGUGUACUAUUAAUUCAGAGUAAACUGGAAAACUCCAGUUUACUCUGGAAUCCAGGUUAACUGAAGUGUCGUUUGGAUGCCUCAGAUAAAUCCGUGACCCAUCACAGGUUUUUGAGACUUUGUAAAAGGGCCCUUGGAUUCAUUUCUGCUCCUUCCUUCCCCAUAAGUCUUUGGCACUCUUUUUGUUGUGUUUGCAGCCCUUUCUCCUCUUUAUUGUGUUAUGUAUUCUGUUAAUCAUCUUUGUAUAAUGUGUAUGCAGUACCUGGAAGGAUGAAUAGUGGUUUAAACAAGUUAAUAAAAUAAAUAUACUCUUGCCUAACACUA